AGCCUCAUCCGGGAUCCUCGGAGCUGAAGGAUGACCCGCCGCGUGGCCGUGAUCGGAGGCGGCAGCUCCGGGCUGGCCUCCAUCAAGACCUGUCUGGAUGAGGGGCUGCAGCCCGUCUGCUUCGAGAGCAGCGACGACAUCGGAGGCCUGUGGAAGUUUAAGGAGAACCCAGAGGCGGACAGGGCCAGCAUCUACCAAUCUGUCAUCAUCAACACCUCCAAGGAGAUGAUGUGUUUCAGUGACUUUCCCAUCCCUGCACACUACCCCAACUACAUGCACAACUCCCUCAUCGUGGACUACUUUCGGAUGUUCGCUGACCGCUUCCAGCUCACCCGGCACAUCCGCUUCAACACCAAAGUCUUGCAGGUGAAGCAGAGGUCGGACUUCUCUCGCUCCGGCCAGUGGGACGUCGAGACGGAGAACAAGGACGGCGAAAAGGAGAAACACAUUUUUGACGCCGUGAUGAUCUGCAUUGGACAUCACUGCCACCCCAACCUGCCGCUGCACGACUUCCCAGGAAUCGACUCGUUCACGGGAAAGUUCUUCCACAGCCGAGACUACAAGACCGCCGACGAGUGGAGGCACAAAAAGGCCGUCGUGAUUGGGAUCGGGAACUCUGGAGGGGACAUCGCGGUGGAGCUGAGCAGAGUCACCAAGCAGCUUUAUCUGAGCACUCGGAGAGGAGCCUGGAUUCUGAACCGGGUCGGGAACUACGGGUUGCCAUUGGAUAUGGAAUUCAACCGGCUGGUGGACUCUCUGAAGAGCAUCCUUCCCCAUAAUCUUUUCUGUGGUCUCGUAGAGAGCCAGCUCAACCAAAGAUUUGAUCACGCUCUGUACAAUCUUAAGCCAAAGCACAGGAUGUUCAGCCAACAUCCCACGGUGAACGACGAGCUCCCCAACCGCAUCCUGUCGGGGACGGUUCAGGUGAAGCCCAACAUCCGCAGGUUUCAGGGGUCCAGUGUGGAGUUUGAUGACGGGAGCGUCGUGGAAGACGUCGACCUGGUGGUGUUUGCCACAGGCUACAGGUUCUCCUUUCCAUUCCUGGCCUCGCAUGUGGUCUCGGUGUCCGAGAACAAAGCGUCUCUCUACAAGUACGUGUUUCCUCCGGAGUUGGACCGCCCCACUCUGGCUAUCAUUGGCCUGGUGCAGCCGCUGGGGGCCAUUAUGCCCAUCUCUGAGAUGCAGGCCAGGUGGGCCACGCGAGUCUUUAAAGGCUGCAUCAAGCUUCCCUCAGCUGCUUCCAUGCUAGAAGACGUCCAGUGCAAGCAGGAGACGAUGGCCAAAAGGUACGUCUCCAGUCAGAGACACACCAUCCAGGUGGACUACAUCUCCUACAUGGAUGAGAUCGCGGAGCUGGUGGGAGUUCGACCCAGCCUGCCCAGGCUGCUGCUGACCGACCCCCGGCUGGGACUGAAUUUGAUGUUCGGCCCCUGCACGCCGUACCAGUACCGUCUCAGAGGACCGGGGAAGUGGGCCGGAGCCCGGCAGGCCAUCUUCACGCAGUGGGAGAGAGUGGCUCGACCCAUGCAGACCCGACCCUGCCAUGACCCCAAACCCGAGAGGUCGUUGAAGUGGCUCCUGGUUGUGGCGGCUGCUGCCGUGGGCUUGGCUGGCUACGUCAACAGGAACGGCCUCCCAGCUCUCCUCCAGGACCCCACGGCCCUGUUGGACAAGAUCAAAGUCUACCUGCCCGCACAGUGAUCAGUGUUACGGUUUCAUGUAUCAUGCAUGUAUUCAGUUCUUACACUACUACCCCAGAAAGGAAGAACAUACUGAGGCCAUGAAGGCCCACUGAUGUUAAACAAUGCUAAACAUAUUCAACAGAGUCAGUACACCGGUCUGGGUUCUCUUAACUUCUGUAAUCUAGAACUUUUAUUGAUACAUACAAAUACAGAGGGUCCUUGCUUCUCACUGUAUCAUCUCAACGAUUACAUUCCUUUCUACCUCAAAAACCCUGAUGAACUUGGAUAUCUUUUGAGGGGGCAAAUGAUCAAUGUCAGCAUUUAAGAUGCAGUAUUUUGAGCAAUACGCUGUCUGUUUUUACGUACUUUUUCAUUUGCAUUCAAUAUAUUAUGGGAGAAAAUAUGAUUGAAACAACAACAAAAUCAGUGUUCACACUUUUUAAAAUGUGUAUUAUGGCUUCAUUUACAAUGCUGAGAGGCAUUGAUGCUACAUUUGAAUGGUUUGGUGUCAUUACCAGUUCUUUUUAUUAACAAAUGUUUACUCAAUUAAUUCAUAUGUAAUGUGCAUUGCCCAGAUUGCUUUCUACAGAAUGGUGUGUGUGGGUAUUUUAUAUAUAAUUCAUCCAAAAAACUAAUGCACAGUCCACGGUUGUAUGAAUAAACAGUAUCCACUA